AUGGAAGCUCACCCGGAACGCACACGACAGCACAGACACCCUGCCAGAGAGGCAUUUUUUGUCGAAGAAGCGAAACGCGGGCAGCCCGACGGCGUCAGGACGGUAACGGGACAGCGACACGGGCAUCCCCCGCACACCACCCAGGGCGGCGGUAAAGCGCAGCAGCCGCCACUCCCUACGUGCGGCGAUAGCGACGCCGCCUUUCCGAACAGGCACUCGGGCCCGGAGCCGGCGCCCGCCCGCCCGGCACGGCGGACGCGUGUUGCCAGCCCCAGGCCCCCCCACCCGCAGCCCCGCACUCCCCGCUCACCGCCGCGCUCCAGCCGCACUCCCCGCUCGGUCCCGCCGCGCCCCGGACUGCGCCGCCGGCCCCUCUCCGUCCCGCCGGCCCCGCGCCGCGCCCCGCCCCGCCGCGCAAGGACACGCCGGCGCCGCCAUCGCCCGAUCGCGCGGCCAAUGGCGAGCGCGCGGCACGCCCCGCCCGCGCGCGUCACCCGCCGAAUCGCCGCGGCAACGGUCCGGCGAGCGCCGCGCGGCUCCACGCGCCAUCAGGAGCGGCGAACACGCCAUCGCGCCAUCGGCCGCCCGCCAAUGGGGCGCCGCGCUCCCCGCCCCGCGCCCUCUGAUUGGGCGGCUUGGGGAGCGCUGCCGGCACCUCCCGGGCCCGCCCAGGGCCGGGGCCGGGCCCCCUGCGCGCCUCCGAUACCGCCCGAUGAUACCGCAUUGCCGAGGCAUGGAAAGCCUCGUUCCCACCUUACGUUCCUAGCUCCUGCUGUUGGGAAGCAGCGAUAUGAUUUGGCAAAUACUAAAAAUUCUAAUUUACCAAGGUCACUGGGAGCAGGCGUCACUAUGCGCUGCGAGCCCGCUGCCACCCGAGGGGCAGCGAGGCUCGGCCACAAGAUGGCGGCCGCCGCUGAGGGGGGAGGGCGGCUGCCCGAGGAGGCGCCGGCGGAGCGGAGCGGCCGCACCAUGGAGCGCCGCGGGAGCGGUGGCGACAGCGACACGGACAGCGACGAGACUGUCGUGGAGGGCUCUGUGCCGGAGAGCGAUGUGGAGGAAGAGGAGUUCCGUAGGAGGAGGUUGGCUUUUCUUAACAAGGAUAUUGCUUUAACAACUGAGAUAAAUAUCAAUAAAGGAGCUUUUUCUCCAGAAAUCUGUUUUAUACAGAAAUUUGGUGACAACACAUAUUAUCAUGAGGCAGAACAGACAAACCCAGUACUUCAAGAGGCAUGCACAUAUGACCAGUCUCAAUCUCUACUGAAGGAUUGGAUAAACCAUUCAUCACCUACGCCUCAUUUUUCAUUAAAUUCUGCAGCAGAGGAACAGCAAAAUGAUUCUGUAGAUAUCAAAUUGAAUGGAUUUCAAAAGGAUUCAGAAGAAAAGAUAUCACGAAAAUUAAGUAAUGAAGAUUGCUAUCCAGAAAUAAGCCUCUGUCUACAUGAUCCUGUGGAAGGCAUCAUAACAAUUCAAGAGGAACAGACACCAGAAGAUACAAUUCCAUGUGGUUUAGAUUAUUGCCACAGCACCUGCAUGACCAUUAUUGACGCAGAUAACACAGUAAAAGAGCAUUCCCUUAAUAAUGAUACAGAUCUUUCACUGUCAUCCCUAGGGAAGAUUUUCAUGGAUGUAUUCACUGAACUGAAUAUAGAGACUAGUGAAGUUGACAUCAGUGAUUUGUUGAGAUACCCUAGUGAUUCUGAGAGUCUUAAAGUUAAAAACCCAUGGCCUGACAAGUUAGAGUGUCAGGGUCAUGCCUGUUCCAUUGAUCCAUCAGCAGCUGAGAGCAAUGAUGCCCUGCCAGUAGAGCUUGUGGUGCCUCUGAAUGCCUUGUCAGGAUCGAUGGUACAACCUGCCAUUCCUCUGAUGCCAAAUGAGAGACAGCUCAACGCCAAGGAAGAGCAGCUAAAUUCAGAAACCAGUGUUCUGCAGGUAGAUGAUGACUGUACUCAAAUAACAAAUGUGAUGGAGCCUCGACUUGCUGCAAUUCAGGUGGAAGAAAUAAAUGCCUUCACAGGAUCUAACUUGCAGAGCACAACAAAUGAGCAACCUGUGGGUGGUCAGCAGAGAGAGGAAGAAGUAAUGUCAGGUUGCUUGGAUGCCACCUUUAGUGAAAAACAAACUGGUGAGGGACAUUCAUAUUCAGUGAAGCCUGCAGCAUAUGGAGAAACAGCCCAAACAGCAUCAAGUAAAAUUCAGAAAUCUCCUUCUGAAGACAAGCAGGAUCUAGAAGCCAUCAUAUGGCAAGAAAUAAUUCUGAACGAGUAUGCAGAAGCUAAUCAAAGGAGAAGGAGCAAGAGAAUUGACAACAAACAGAAACGAGAAGCCUUUGUUAGGAAUUCCGUAAAUCCAGCUCGUCCCCUUUCACUUUCCACAAUCCACAGGAGGAAUGUGUAUGGUGAGAACUUACUACAUAGAGCUGUUACUCACCAAGACAUAAACCUUGUACGUAAGAUAAUAAAAGCCGGUGGAAAUGUAAAUGCUCAGGAUUAUGCUGGCUUGACUGCGCUACAUAUAGCAAGUGUGGAAGGCUUUUAUGGGAUAGCAAAUCUGCUUUUGAAAGCAGGAGCUGAUGUUAAUGCUACACAAAAGGAACAAAUAACACCCUUGCAAGAUGCAGUUAAGGAAGGCCAUUAUGAGGUGGCAAACUUAUUACUUUGGUAUGGAGCUGAUCCCUUAUUAAAGAAUCAGAUGGGAAAGUGUGCAUUAGAGGAAGCUUCUGACCCAUCUAUGAUGAAACUUCUUGAACGUUAUGUGGCAAAAUCCAGAAGAUACUCAGUAGCAGGUGGAGAUGAUUCAAAGAAUAUGUUAAAUACUCAGUGUGUAGAAGAUACAAACCAGCACCAGAUUUCCUUACAGACAGAGGAGUCAGAACCAGCAUAUGCAAAUCCUCAGGAGACAAGCCGAAAAGCAAAGGCAGCCUCAUAUUCCAGUAGCAGCAAUAAGAAGCUUUCAUCUAAUCAAUCACAACUGAGUCAAGCAUCAAAACAGAAAACAUCUAAGAAGUCAGAAUCUACCAGGGAAGCAGCUGUAAUUGUACCUGGUACCUGUAAGACAGGAGCUGUGAGAAAGAUGAAAAUUAGGAGAAAUGGAAAAGGGGAAACUCAGCUGCAUAUUGCUGCUAAGAGAGGAGAUGUGUCUUUGGUGAAGACUCUAAUAUCAUCUGGAAUUUCUGUCAAUGAACAGGACUAUGCAGGUUGGACAGCACUUCAUGAAGCCUCUAAUGGAGGAUUUACUAAUGUGAUCUUAGAAUUACUGAAAGCCGGUGCUGAUGUUAACAGCAGAAGUCUCUGUGGUGUUUUACCGAUACAUGAUGCUGUUUCGGGCAAUUAUUUGGAGGCAGCCAGGAUUCUGCUGCAGCAUGGAGCAAAUCCCAAUGAGAGGGAUGGUUCAGGAGAAAGUGCUUUGAAUCAAGCUUGUGAUGCAGAAAUGAAAGAACUGUUGAAGACGUAUGGUGCUACAGACUCUGUACUUCCUGUUCAAACUGUUGAAGUUACUGAGGAAAGAUCAAAACAUCAUUGUUAUGACUGCUAUAAAAAUGAUGAUGCAGCUUUGGAGACACAACAUGAGAAAUACAGUGUGGAGUCUGUUGCUGCCAUACUGGAUACAGAAAAGAAGCAGGAAGAACUGUUGCUGUUUGAGUUGAGAACUUCAAAAGAUGCAGAUGUGUAUAUCCAAAGGCUGUCUCAGAUACAAGAUACUUUGAAUGAAAUACUUGCAAACCAGAAAACAGAGAGGGAUACCCUUGCUAAAAAAUACAGGGCCUCAGUGGAAUCAUUUAAAAAAGGUGCACUAAGGGAACAAUUAGUUAACCUUGCUUCUAGUCAAAAGAGCUUGUUGACUGUUGCCCAAAACCAGGAAAAAUUAGUGCAGAAAUUAAAAAAUUACAGAAAAACAAAGAAAAUGUUCAAUUCAUCAUCAGAGAAGCAAAUCUCAUUUCAUGGAAGUGAUACAAUUCAAAGUUUAACUGCUAAUGAAAUAAUGUGUCCUAAUACAGUAACAUUUAGUAUGGGGCUUGGUGCCAGCAGGCCUAAUGGAAACAGAGUAGAAGCACAUGUCUCUUUAGAAAAUAGAUUUUCAGCUCAGGAAUGCAUCCAGCAUCCAGACAUCUGCUUGGAUGAAACAGGAGCAAAUAAAGAAGCAAUUAGAAGCAAGGAGGCUUCUGAUCAUGCUUUGGCAUCUGGAAACAGAGUAAGAGAAUAUGCCUUUGACAACAUGUCAAAGCUGACUAAUGCUGCAGAAGUGAUGACAUUGUCUUCAGAACCUACUAUUUCCACUGCUAAAAUAAAGUGCUCACAGCCAGAAGACAUUGAUUGUGUAGCAACUGUAGGACAAAGAAACAGGUCUUUAAAUUGCACUUCAAUGACCAACACAUUAAAUAUUGUAGAACCCCAAAGCACUGUUGUCGGUAAGAAAGUCUAUCAGACAACCCGUCACUGCAAGCAGGUUCUUUCACAUGAGGAUCUGCACAGAUAUGUGAAUAAGAAAGAAGCUUUCCAGCAGCAACAGCAGCCGCAGCAAGAAACUUUAUUAGCGUCUACCAAGAGCUUCUCUAAUACUUUGCAGCAAAUGGUCUUUCAGAGUAGUGAGAAUUCAUUUAAUGCCAACCUGAUGCUUACUAAUAUUUCCUCAAAUACAGACUCUCCAGCAAAUAUCAGUGAGAAAUCUUCACAGAGUUAUGGUAAUCAGGAAUGGGAACAAAACCAAGUGAGAUAUGGAUGGAAGAGUAAGAAAAAAAAUCAGUUGAUAGAUCUGCUUGAAUUGGGAAGAAUAAAGCCCGGAGAAAAUGUUUUAGAAUUCAAACUGCAGGAAUUUAGUCAUAAAGCUACACUCUUGAAGAAUGGCAAGAUCAGAACCAGUAAAGGACAAAUACUACAGAAUCCAGUUCAGUGGGUUAAAGAUCUACUAGGAAGUGAUAUUUCUGUGACAUGGAAGUAUGCAUGGAAUAAGGUUACAUAUCUUGGGACAGAAUUGUCAAAAUUUAGUGUUGGUGAAACGUCAGUUUCCAGCGACCUGGAGUUACCAGCACAGAAAGGAAAUCCUAUGGGCUCUUCUGUCCAGUUCAACUCAGUGGAAAGCCUGACACAUUUUCUUCAAUUCCAUGAGAUAGUAAUGGCACAUAAAGAGGAGUUUCUACCAUGCUCUGCAAUGGAGAAGCACUGGAAUUUCUACAAAGAAUGCAAAGAUUUUGGAUUCUAAAGACUUCUUGCGUGCUAAUGCAUUUUUCUUUUCCAUCACUUAAAAGUAAACAUUUGAGCUUUUAGAACUAAGUACUUUGCUGCUGUCAUUUUGAUAAAUUAUUUGUCCAGCACUUGGGAUGAUGGAAAAUUUGUUUGGGUAAGUGAGGAACAGGGAAGUACUUAGUAGCAGGCAAAGAUAACUGUAUAGAACUAAGUAAUAUUUACUCUUGUACUGCAAGAUUAAGAAAUGGGGAAAUAGAUAGGAUUUACACACUGAUGCUCAUUGUGAAUUAUAUUCCAUGUUGAUUACUUUUAAGUUGAACUUUUUAAAAUUAAGUUUUAAUUUCAGAUUAAAGUAACUGCCCAUGCUUGCUGGGACAGGACAGAAAC